AGGGAUCCCAGUAGAACCGCAUCACACAGAAUUUCCCGCGCUUUGUGCACGAGUUUGGAUUAAAGUCAGCAUUUCAGAGUCUGAUUUCUGAUUGGGAACCAUCUUAUCUCAAAGUAUGGCUGAUAGAACUACUCCUAAACCCGCUCCUAAGCCUAAGAAACGAAAACUCGACAUGGAAGAUGAGAACAAAAUCGACUUCACAAGUCCUUGGCAUUUUAGCGAUGUUGUUUUGCUCGUUGAAGAUCGCAAGUUUCACGUCCACAAGGCCAUCCUUUCUAUGUGGUCACCCGUAUUUGAGCGAAUGUUCUCGUCUGAGUUCAGAGAAAGGUCAGCUCCUGAAAUCCCGCUACCAGGAAAGAGUGCAAAGCAGAUCGACGCGUUGUUGAAUUUGAUGUACUCCAAACAAGGCAGCGUGACCGAUAAAAAAAUUGGAUUUCUUCUUGCAUUGGCUGAUGAGUACCAAAUGGAGCAAGUGAAAGAUAUGUGUACUAAGUUUGUUACCUCCAAUUUGACAAAGAAAACUAGUCUACAUUUCUACUGCCUUGCCAAGAAAUACAAUGUGGAGACAGUUUUGGAAGAAUGCAAAAAAAAGACCAUACUCUGCACAUCAAAAUUCAUCCGAAACAAUAAACACUUUUUGGAGUUAAGUUCAGAUGAAAAAGUUGAAAUAUUGUUUGGCAGAAURGCUGCUCUUGAAAAAGUGAUGUUUGAGAACAUUGUAGAUCGCAAACGAAUGAUGAUGGAGGAGCCUAAAUGGGACCCAACGAAAAUUAUGGCUUCCUGCAAAAAUUGUCAAAAGUAAAUGUCUUUUGAUUCAACAAUAAGAUCAAUUAUAAUAUACUACAAAAACUAACAUAACAUAAGUUUUUCCUUGGCAAAAUUAUAAAAUGUAUUAUUUAUCUAAUUAUUAAUAUUAUUAUUUAUUGUUAUUACUAAAUAAUUAUUAUUGGGUAAAGGUAUGUUGGUGUGUGAAGCUAUGAGCUCUUUUUGGAAAUAUUCUCUUGUAGCAGA